AUGGGUGUAUCUUUAUCAACAUCGGAUAGCUCCUCGGAGUACUAUUCCGCACCAAAUUCUCCUGAUCUUUCUUUCAAUCAAAAUUAUACUGAAAAUUUCACUGAAAAACAUUCUGUGGCUUGUCAGACUGAUCUGUCUUUUCAGAAAGAUCUGUCGGUUGUGGAUCCAUAUUGGGAGGUGCUGGACCCCAAACCCGAUAUCCACGUCCUAUUUGAAGAGUUUAAUACAAAAUUCUUUGGUGGACAGUUGCCGCCAAUAGAACUUAAAUGGAAUAACAGGUUAAGCAUCACUGCCGGCCUUUUCAUACCCGACGACAAAAUUGAAAGAUGCAAAAUUCACCUGAACAAACCUCUCCUUGAGUUACGGCCAAGGAAAGAUACAGUGCAAACGCUCCUGCAUGAAAUGAUCCACUACUACCAGCGAGUCAAAGGAACGCGUGACAAUGAUCAUGGCGCAAUCUUUAAGUAUCACAUGAAGCGAAUCAAUAGAAAAAGUGGCGCAAAAAUUACAAUCCAUCACGAUUUCAUUCAGGAAUACGAGUCACUGAAGCGCCACUGGUGGAAAUGCAAUGGCCCCUGUCAAGAAGUCGUGAAGCGGCUUGCGGACAGGACUCCGGGCUCCAAGGCGCACAAGCGCAAAUGCGGAGGAGACUUUAUAAAGAUCCAGGAACCAGAGAACAAGAGAAUGAGAACUGACCCAUAGAAUCACUUAAAGAGAAGUAGUUUUACAACUGUAAAUGUGCCGACUUUCUCAAAAGUUGGAGUGCAAAGCCCCAUGGGAAAAAAAAAUAGCUGAACUCUCCCGAGAUUUCCUCUCAACCGUUUGAAUGUGCAGAAGAUCAGAGAACGUUGAAGAGAGGUUUUUUUUUCAUUAUUAGGGAAGGACCAGGGUCGGACUGGGCCCCAGCAGCCCAAACCCUGACCCUCGCUGGCGCUCCCCCUGCCCGACCGUUCCUUCCUUGACGCGUUAAAUUCACGCGCGCUCAGGGGAGGAUGUCAACACAAGUAUCUAUAAUGAAUGGAGUCAAUACAUGCAGCAUUGGCGUUCAUUUUAGUACUUGCUACAUGACCAAGUGAAUGUGAAUGAGAAAAUAAAUGUUUCCAUGUAAAGUUUAUCAUGAGUAUGUGGGCUGGGUGUGACUGUAAGAGGAAAGGAUGUGUUGCCAAUGGGAUAGGAUGGACUAUUUCAUUUUGCUUUAAAGCUGCCAUUGUGCCACGGUAAGGCUUAGUGGAAGGCUGCAGCCGAUUAUAUGAUCUGUUCUG